AUGCCCGGACUGCAUCACGACGACUUUGGCGCUGUGGUGGCCGACCCAUCAUACCAUCAUGUCAGGCUCGCUCCUUUAUAUCGUAACCAUAUGUUCACCCCAUUUCUAUUUCUGCCCCAAUGUACAAUGCCCAAAGUGCGGACCCGACGCAACCGCAAGAUCACCGUCAACAAAAAGAGCCCCGUGGUGCCCUUGGUCGCCCCAGAUUCUGCUCCUGCCCCCACCCAAACGGCCCGGCCCAUGUCUCUGGCCGAGUACAGCGUGCGAAUCGGAGCCCAAAGACUGCGAGAACAAAAGGCCCAAGCGCGAGCAGAUGCGGCGGCGGCGGCGGCGGCUAAAGAGGUUGUACAGCCGUCUGUCUCAGAGUCGACCAGCGCAACCACAGACUACAUCACGCCUGUCUCAAGUCAAGACCCUGGAGCAGAUCCUCCUCCAACACAAAGAGGACCUCCCCAGCCACUAACUUACUUCCGGCAACUGUUUGACGCAAAAACUCCAUAUUUCGAUGGCCCCCACAUUCCCAACGCCCUUCGGCAACGAGCGCCUUGGAUAGCCCGGGAUCCACCCAAACCUGAAUCUUCCCAGCGCCACCGUCCUGGCCGCCCCCGAAACUCGGCUCGCAAGAAACCCCCCAGGCCCCAGCUCACGCUCUGUGAGAGCCACAAAAGCUGCAGCCACAGCUACUGUUACUACCGAAACCUGCAUGAAAGCGAGUCUGAGUCUUUUUACUGA